AUGUCUGCUCAUAGUGGUGGGGCCGAUUGGAGCUCCGUAGUAAAACCUCUUUUAAACAAUCGUUACGCAUUAACUAAUAAAAAUGAAAUCCUUAAUAUAAUUAAGGCCAUUACGCGAAGUGAAAAUGAAUUUUUCGAUGAGGAUAGCAAUUAUUUGCAAUUUUAUACGGCUUUUGCUGCUCUAGCUGCCGAUAAAUUGAGUCAGUGCAAAUAUGUUUCACAAACACAAAUUCAUGAGGCCUGUGCCAUUCUCAUUCGAUUCAUUUUACUGCGUUUGGGUAAGGUCAGUGUCUAUGAAAUAAAAUGGCUAUUGCCGGCAUUGAAAAGUCUUUGCGAAGGCAAACCGACAACAUCCUCACAAAGCAAAUCGACAACAUCGACGGCUGGUGGAGGAGCAAGUGUCUUACAAUUCGAUUAUAAUGCUGUUGCGGCUGUGCUGAAGAGCAGCAAAUAUCCUGAAAAUACAAAAAGUAUUGUCUCUACAAGUAGUUCAACAGGUGGUGGCAGUAAUGCUGGGGAAAAAGAUUCACCCAAAUCAGAAAUUAAAAGAUCUCGAUCAGAUUUGUCUUCAAUCAUUAUACAUCAGCUAACAGCACCAUUGGAAGCUGGUAAAAUGACAUGGGCUCCUUUGAGCGAAGAACUAACUGAUUGUUCGGAGGUAUUCGCUUCAAAUGCCGCAUACCUACAAUCAUUAAAUGGAGCUGAUAUAAUAUUAGAUGUUUGCUCAUCAUUACCAAUUUUGACACGUUAUCGUCUCAAAUAUCAAGAGACCAUUGCUAACUUGGCUGGCAAACCAUUGUAUUUGCCUUUGACACAAGUAGAAGCCACACAGAUACGUAACACUUUAACCCAUAUGGUCACCGAUAUAUCCAUAUUAUCACAAGCCUUGACUUUACCAAUUCUACAACCGUUGACACCAAGUCGCAUUGCCAAACUAUCGAAAUGCGCCAUUUCAGCAUUGUAUUGUGCUGUUUUAGCCUCAAUUGCUAGCAGUGUUUUGAAUAUGUCCUCCACAGCAAGUACCCAAAAAUCAACAACAUCUGGUGGUUCAACGGCAUCCCUGUCAACACAAUCAUCCGGCAAAGAUGCCGAUGACAAUGAGGAGAAUGCGCGCACCGUUGUCGAUAAAGCAUUAGAAAUAUAUACUACAAUUGGUCAAAUGUUUAAAGAUUCAGCACGCUCACAUAUCUAUCAAAAUCAUUUGUGUUUCGGAGCUUGGCUUUUAGUAAGUGGUAUACAAGGAGCUUUGGGAGCUUCUGGAAGUACCAGUACAAGUAUGAGUAAAGAUGAUAUGGCCAAACAAGCUAAGAGUAAAUCUGGCGAAAGUGUUCAGCCAACAGCAUCGGCACGUGUAAACCUAUUUAAAGUUCAACAAGGUUUUGGUGUUUUGAAUGCAGCCAUUGCCAAUCACUGCAUAAAACUUUUAACAGAACUCAUAGAUGAUUUGAAAAUUGAAACAACUUCAUCAAUGGACAUUCAGCAAGGUCAGGGUGCUUCCACAACUACCAGCACCACAUUACCAGAACCCGCCAACUUUGAUGUCUUAGAAAACUAUACGACAUUGCAACGGGUCAUGCGUGUUCUUAACACGGCCACGUUACAUCAACUCUUCACCUUCUUGGCCACCGUGACCUAUCGAAAGGCUUGCAAUUUGAAACGUGCAAAUACUAAAGAUCGCACCGAAUGUGAACCAAUAAGCUAUUCGGAUUCAACCACCUACUUCAAUGACACUCUUUCAUGUUCGGACAAUUCCGAAGAGGAUGAUAGUGAAAGUUAUCUAGGUCAUUGGUUUAAGGAAACCCUACAACCGGAAUCGGAAAACGAAAAUCAAUCGGUUGACAACAUGGAUAAGAACAAUGAAGGACAAAAAUCAAACAUGGUACCAGCCCUGGAUGAACCCCAUGAAUAUUUGGACUUGGCUGCCCAAAUUUUCUGUUUUAUGGAUCAAUUUUUCUCACAAAGACAUAGUUAUCUGCAGAGAUAUGUCAAGGCUGGGUUAUCUGAUCAACAAAUGCUGUUAAUGGCUAACAUAUUAAAAGAUCUAGAUCGGGAUUCGGCCCGAGGGAAUGAAAAUGAAAGCAAUCAAUGCAACAAAUGGCAAUCGGCAAUGAUACGAUUUUCGGGAGCAGUUGGCCGUUACCUACAUAAUUUAGUAUCAGCCUCUCUGUUGAGUGAAUCACUUCAAUCGAAUCUUUUACAACAUCUCGGAGUAUCGCCGUGGUCCAGUGAGACCAAUACCUGGCCAUUGCAGGUGUAUCCAAGUACUCUGUCGGUAUUGGUGCAAAUUUUAUUACUAAAACCCACACAAGAAAAGGAGGCGGCUUGUCUUUCGGUUUGGCAUCGUCUAAUUAAUACCCUCGUCGAAGGUGUAUGUGGAUCGUCUUCAACAAAUCCACCCACAAAUGUUGACUAUGAAGAUUUAAAUAUGGAACAUGCUCAAUUGUUGUUGUUCCUUUUCCACUCAUUGAAUUUAAUGCAAAAGAAGUCGAUAUUACUUCUAACCGCUGGUGGUGUAAUACGCUGUGCCGAAGUUUGCCGCGAUAUAUCUAGCGAUAAACCCAUACGGAAUAGUCAAAUUAUUUUAUUAUCGCGUCUUUUGCUUUUCUUGGAAUAUUUGAUGAAACAUUUGUACAAUGCUCCACCAGAACUAUUGGACUCGGUUCGUUGGAAUCUCUUCAGCAUUAGUACCAUGCAUGAAAAUCAAAAAAUUGCCGAUUUGUUGAAUAACAAAACUAAAUUGACUUCAUUUGUACGCAAAGACAUUGAAGAUGAGUUCCGAAGAAGUGCUGCGGAUUGUAUGUCAAAUAUUCGCCCAACAUUUUAUUCUCUAACUCUGGUUGGAGAUUCCUCGCCCACUAAUCAAGAAUUUAAAUUAGAUGGUCUGGCAUGGAAUUUCAUAUUGUGUACCCCGGAUAAAUUAAAAUAUCCCCUGCUGGUUGAUGCCCUAAUAGAUAUUUUAGGCAUAACGGAUAUGACACUAUCAUGGCAUUCACGAGAUAGUACUCACACGUUGUGUGCUAUACGAUAUUGCUUUAGUAUUUGCUGGAAAUUAUUAUUGGGUCUACCACCCUCAACAACACAUGUCGAACAAUUGCAGGUUGAUAAGAAGCCCAAUUUGCAUUCAUUAUUGUGGUCCAUUCGCUGUCCAACUUCACAUUAUUUGAUUGUGAACAGCCUCAUUAAACAGGGCAUGUAUACACAAUUUGCUGAAACUCUGUGGAAUACAAUAACAGAUCGUGUCAGUGAUGUACGUUUUAGUUUGAAACAAACCCUAUUGGGUAUUGAAUCAUGUAAUGAACACAUUAACAAAGCCAAUCCUCCACUCUCAUAUAUAAUAUUAUUGGAUGCUUUGUUGUCACAUAUGCAAGCGGUUGCAUGGGCCGAAAAGGAGGGCAUUAAACCGCAACGAUCUUCUUCGUCAAAUAGUAAUACAGCUGUUCAGAGUCCAACAACUGGCUCCUCACCAAUAUCGGCUGGUGCAAGUGCUGCCGAUGAUUCAUCAUAUGCUUCGACACAAUUUGAUGGCAAUGAUCAAAAGGGCGAAGUCGAAUCCGGCAAUACAAUUGUACUGCAAGAACGUCAUCAAUCCACUAAGGAAUUACUUCAAAUGUUGGUCAAUACCUACAACGUUUUACGGGAUACGGUGCGUCACAAAAUGGUGCAAAUAUUACCAUUGGCCAAUGUAACACCAGACAAUAUUUUAGAAUGCAUUCUGGCCAUUGUAAAUUCAAAUAACUCCUAUUGCACCGAUUUGUGCUCACAAUUUUUGAAAUUGUUGGAUAAUAAAAAUAAGGAAGUUAUAACGGGAGAUUGGUGUGAAUCACUGCCAGUUUCUGAUGCCAUUUUCAAUAAAUCCAACAAUGGCCAGCAAACACAGCAAUAUCCAGCUGAAUUGUAUACACUUACCGUAAUUGAAGCCCACAUUACCGAAUUGACAAGGGAAAACUACUACUCGACAUUGAAUUCCUUUAAACAUUGUCUAAAGAGCCUCUUCAGUUUAAUGAAUCUAUUGUUGACAUCAUCACAACAACAAUGGCAACACGACAGUGCAUGCAAAUCACUAAUCGAAGAGCAAUUGAAACCGAUGCUCAUAGAGACGAUGAUGGAUGCCCGAAUGGAAUAUGUUUUUGAUAUUGCUGAGAAGUGUCUGCUAACAUUAAUGCAAGGUGUAGAACAGGCUUCGGAACAACAACAAUUCAUGUCCUACAAUUAUAUACUAAAAUACCAUUAUCGAUUCCUAAUGGAAUAUGCCGAGGAAGCCAAGAAUUUCCCACCUUCAGUUCAGCAAAGUUUAAUUUUUGAUGAGUCUCUGUUAUUUGCUGUUGUUAAGUCAAUGUCAGCAAUGUUAGAGAAACCCAUGGGUAUUAAGGCCAUACACCAAUUCUUUACGCAGAAAAACAAUGAUCCCAGCUUGGUUGAUUUGUUGUUGUCCUUCACUGGUACCAAUCUAUCAAUGUCCUAUGCCCGCAAACUAUUGGAAUUUGUUGAAAAACUAUUCCAAAUUUCCCAACAACCCGAUUCGGCUUUCCCUCUGGAAGAGUUGAGAAAUUGUUUCGGAGAAUUGGCUAAUGUCGAACAGCAACGUAUCAAAUGCUGGCUAACGCAUGUGAUUUAUGGGCCACAAAGUGUACUCUCACAACAGACAGAAACUCCCGUGGAGAAGCAAUCUUCGGCUACGGGGGUGCCAGCCACUACCUCUAGUACUUCAUCGAGUAAUGCCCAGACACCCACAAAUAUGGCUACAAUUUCUGCGAUAGCCUCGUUGUCCGAACAAUUUGGUAAUCAGUCCUCAACACUGGAUAAUGCCGAGGCUAUAGAUGAAGACAAUGCCACUAAUCAACCGUCAGCUGCUGUGGCUGCAACUACACAACAAAAUAGUUCGGCAGCAGCACAAUCACUAAGCAUUUGGCCUCAGCAACCAACAACGGCUGGCAAUAGCAGUUUCUUGGCCACCAAUCAAUCGGAACCGUUGUCUACUACACAGGAUGAACAAUUGCAGAACCAGCAACAAACCGAAAGGAAUGGUGCUCUGCUACUAAGUGUCAUCAAACAUAUUGUGCACGACAGUGGCAAGGCAUUAGCAACCAACAACAAUGCCGUUGCCAUGCUGUUAUUCCAAUCUCUACUGCAAUUGGGACAAACGUUGAUUUCCCCCUCUUCACAUGAGGCCAAUGACUUCUCCGAUAUUCUACAGAUAAUGAUUUGUUUGGCCGACUGUGCCCAAGGAAAGGGACAUUCAACACUCUUCAAUGCCACAAUAAUGUGGUUGGAAAUCACAAAAUUUCAAAUCAUGGAAAAGACCCAAAAUACACACAAUUCUCUUAUUAUGUCCUCCAACAUUUUGGAGAAUGUCAAUGCCCUGCUAAAAUACUUACAUGAGCUGUUGCAAAGUUUGGGACAUCGCGGCAGCAAACAUCAACAACAACCUGCCUGGGACGAUGAUAUCCAGACUGAUUUGGAAGACUUAAUGGAUGAUCUUGCCAACGACCAGCAAGGCGAUGAUGACUCCUUUGUAGAAGAUUCCGAUGAGGAUAGCCUAAACAACAAACUGUGUACAUUCUCAUUGACGCAAAAGGAAUUUAUGAAUCAACAUUGGUAUCAUUGCCACACUUGCAAUAUGGUCAAUACGGUCGGUGUUUGUUCGGUAUGUGCCAGAGUUUGUCACAAAGGACAUGACGUUAGUUAUGCUAAAUAUGGAAAUUUCUUUUGUGACUGUGGUGCCAAAGAGGAUGGUUCUUGUCAGGCACUGAGAAGGCGUGUAUCCAGCGGUACAACGACUGGGGAAAGUCGUGGACAACAAAAUGACUAUACAUCGUCCGAAAUUUAUUCCAGUAGUAAUAGCAGUGGAACAAGUGGCGUUCUGUCCCAGUCGAAACGUGCACAAACACCACCCUCACAAAGCUGUUUAAGUCAGCAACAACAACAUCACCAACAGCAACAACAACAAAAUUCCAAUUCAGCUUUGCAAAUGACAACCAAUAAUUUCCUAAUGUCCUCCUCUGCGACAAAUGAACGCAUAUCUUUGCUCUCCAAGUUGUUGGAGGGUUCCAAAGAAGCCUUACAAAACACCGAACAAUGGACCACUAUUGUCAAAUGUAUUUUGGAAUUCUUUGAUGUGAUAAUGCCAGCUAUCAAAGAGAACUGUGAUCUCUUCUCGAUUGUGGGAUGUCAUCGCAGAGCGAAGGCUGCUCUUUUACGUUUGCACGGCGAGCAGACAUUCCAACAUACCGAUCAAUUGAUGUUGCCAACAUUGGGCUCUCAAGAGGGAGCCUUUGAGAAUGUACGUAUGAGUUAUUCGGGCGAUCAAGGCCAGACCAUUAAACAGUUGUUGUCGUCGGGUUUGGUGCGGCGAGUGGCCCUAUGCUGUCUCUCUUCGCCCCACGGAAAACGUCAACAUCUGGCUGUGUCACAUGAAAAAGGCAAAGUAACAAUUCUACAGCUGUCCGCUUUGUUGAAACAAGAUGCUGCCAAACGAAAAUUGACACUGACACAACUUUCCUCAGCACCCAUACCGUGUACUGUGCUCUCAUUGACCGCCAAUCCAGCAAAUGAAGACUGUUUGGCGGUGUGUGGUUUAAAGGAAUGCCACAUUCUGACCUUUACAAAUACUGGAGCCACCAGUGAACACAUUGUCCUGACGCCACAACUGGAAAAUGGAAACUUUAUUAAGAAAGCCCUGUGGUUGCCAGGAUCACAAACAAUGUUGGCUUUGGUUACAGCCGAUUAUGUGAAAAUAUAUGAACUUUCGGAAGAUACCUAUAGCCCCAAGUACUACUUCCUAGUAGCUGUUGGCAAGAUUCGUGAUUGUUGUUUUGUCUACCAGGAUGGUGUCUACUAUAUGCUGAUAAUAGCCUCAUCCGGUUAUAUAUACUAUCAAAAGCUUGAUGAUCAGUCAUUGGCCAAACAUGGCGAUUUCUAUGUAACCAACACAUUGGAAUUGAACCACACCCAAAUUAAAGAUGUCAAUGGCCAAGAAGGAGGUGGUGGCGUAUCCAUUUACUAUUCACACACCCUGCAAUUGUUGUUCUUCAGUUAUUCGGUGGGUAAAAGUUUUGUUGCUCCCCUAACAGAUGUCAACAAGGGAGUGAAAUGCAUAACCCAUCUGCAAAUAUCACCUGGUUCGUCGAAGAAUUCAUCCAAGGGUCCACCACAGCCUCUAUGUCAGUGGACAGAAAUACCCGGACACCCAGGUCUCAUCUGUGCCAUGAUGCACACAUCGAAUAAUCCUGUCAUCUUCAUGUUCACACCUGAACGUAUUCUGAUGCAGGAAAUCAAAGCACAAUCGCCCAAAUCGCGUAUUAUGGAUAUGGUUGCCAUACGCCACACAGUGGCUGGUGUGGAGAAGACUACGCUCAUUCUACUUUGUGAAGAUGGAAGCUUGCGCAUCUUCACAGCUAAUCAAGAGACAACAUCAUUCUGGCUGUCACCCCAGGUUCAACCAUUAUCGAAUCAAUUGUAUACCACAAAUUUGAGUAACAAGUCCGCCUGUUCCAAUGGGGCAAGCAAAAAAUCCAAACGUAAAUCAAGUCAUCAACAGAAGACCACAGGUCCAAAUGGUAAUCCGAUAUUCCCCAUUGACUUCUUUGAACACUGCACCAUGUUGCCAGAUGUCGAUUUCGGCGGAAAUGACUUGCUGCAAAUCUACAAUAAACAGAAACUGAAAAUACGCCUCUUCUCGACGGGAAUGUAUGUUGCCUCUACAAAGGCUACCGGCUUUACAUUGGAAAUAUAUAAUAAUGAUCCGAAUAAUAUGGUAAUUGUGGGCAUACGUGUGCUCUUGGGCACACAAGAUCCACAUCGUGCACCACAAAGUGUUACAAUACUGGGUAGAACCAUACCGACACCCGUUCGACGCGCCCGUUGGUUUGAUAUACCGCUGACUCGCGAGGAAAUGCUGCAAUGUGACAAAUGCCUUAAGGUGGUAUUUGGUAAAUCACGAGAUCCCGAUAAUGUCUGUAUGUUGGAUUCCAUAGAGGUAUAUGGUAAAUCGAAGGACUUGGUGGGUUGGCCCGACGAUACCGAUGAAAUUGCUGGUGGUGGACCAUCAUCUUCGGCAAAUGCUGCUGGAAGUGGUUCGGGUACAUCUACAUCAUAUGGCGUUAUGGGUUCAUCAAGUACAUGCUACGAAGGUUAUAACUCGAUUACCCAACUUGAUAGAAUGGUUACAAUGCUCUUGGAGGUACUCGAUUGUUCGAUUAGUCUAUUGGGCACAAAUGCAUUGACCGGUACCAUAAGGCAAAAGGCCACAAAUACGGCAACAUCUUUGCUGUUGCUACCCACGGCCAAUCAGGUGCAGGUACAAUCAAGAUACGUUUUGGCCACUCUCUUCGGUAAUCGUCAGGCCUAUCACAAUUACAAGGACUAUGAAAUGCUGGUCUAUGUCAAUGAUGAACUAAAGGUUCUGAAAUCGAAAUUAACCAGCCGCGAAACCUUGAGAGAUGUUGAUCCUGAAGCCUUCUAUCGUUUGGUACUCAUGGUACGCGGAAUUGCCACAACACGCCCAAUGACUUUAACGAAAAUCUGUUUGGAUAAUAAAUUCGAAAUAGUUUCGGAUUUAAUGGAAUUCGUGGAAAAGCUAUAUGAAAUCACCCCAGCCAUUGAUGAGCCAACAUCAAUUGUACGUCAAGGUCUAUCACAUACCGAGACUAUAGUCCACUGUCUCGUUGAGAUAAUGCAUGCAUUUGCAUUGGCCGAUAUUAGCCAAGUUGAAAGAGUCACCUUGAUGUUUAUCAAAUUAUUGAAAAAUGAAUCGAGUGUUAUAUCUCAUAGCGCCAAGGAGGCUAUAAUAUUGUUGCUUAGUCCUCGCUCGAAGCGCCGAAAGGUGGCAAUUAUUACACCAACGUUGUGCUCCACCCCCACACCGCCAGCAUUGUCAACAACUACGUCUAUGGUGAAUGCCACAGCAGUGGUUGGUGGUGCCGUUGGUAUUUCUAAUGAAGAUGACACCUUGGAUGAGGCUGCCAACAUUGUUAAUCCGGUAGUUGCAGCGGUUGGUGGUGGUGGAGGAUCUUCAUCGCCACCUUCUUCGGUGCAACGAAGUGGUAGUGCAGAAUACGUUGCCGUUCCCGCUGCAGUCGCCAAUGACCCCACUGCUUUGGUAGAUCCUUUAGAAGCAUUUAUGGGUAGUGGCUUCCCACAGCUCUUGGGACUUCAACAAGAUGCCGAUGAUGAAGCUAUAAUGGAUAUUGCCAUUGCAUUAAGCUUACAGCAGCAUGACGGCAGUGGUGCCGAGCCGGCAUUACAACAUCUACAGCAAGGACUUUCAAAUUUACAAGGUAUGCGUAAUGCUGCCGCACAAUUACAACAUGCUCAGCAACAGUUACAAGCCGUGGCUGCAGGUGGCACUGGUGGAAGCGGUGGUGCUGCUGUUUCCUCAGCUGCUGGCUCCGACGAUGAAGGCUCCAAUGUGGCUACAGAUGGUUCCACUCUACGCACCUCACCCGCUGAACCAGUGGGCAGUGGAGGCUCAGAAAGUGGCGGCAGUGGUGUUGAAUCGAUUGGUGGCACCUCUGGUCGUAGCAGUACGUAUGAAGGUGAUGGUGGUGGUGCCACAGCUUCGCCGCCACGUGCCAGUGGUGGUAGCAUGGUGGCUAAUGCCAGUAGUAGUUCUGCAAAAGCAACAGCAGCAGUAGCUGCGGGAACAGCUGCAGGAGCCAGUGCCCUAAUCAGUGUUACACCCUCAGAAUUACCAACAACAAGCCGGUCAGUUCUGGAGGCUAGUCAGAGUAAUGAUACCGAAGAUAACGAUGCUACUGAAGAUGAAAAAUUGGCCAAGUUACAUGAUUUAAGAAUUGCAAUUUUGGGUAGCAUCAUUGCCAAUAUCAAGACCCUGGACGAUUGUAAUGGUCUACAGGCCAUACCAUUGAUUCAAGUCAUACUUAUGCUUACCACUGAUUUGAACGGUAACAAUGAACGUGACCAGAAAAUCUUAAAUGACUUACUCACCGCUCUUGUCGAAUAUGUUGAAAUGGAUUCCAUAUCAAAUGCUUCUAAGAUGAAAGAUAAGAACCUUAAGAAUGAGGUACGUUUGGCCUUGCUAUCACUGUUCGGUGUGCUUAUGGGUAAAACGAAAUCCAAACAGGCCGGUACGACUUCGCCGCCUCACCAAUUCAAAGAUAAUGCCUCAUUUGUGGCCAGUACCACAGCUAGCAUUUUAAGCAAUAACGGAGCCUUUACAUUCUGUUUGGUGGUCAUGGAAUCUCUCUUACAACACUGGAAGAGGGUUUCCAGCGAACAGAAUCAGGCAACAGCAGCCGCCGCCGCUGCCAGUGGUAUUGUUAGUGCGAUUGCCACUGGUCCCAGUAAUAGUGUUAGCACACCUGUUGUUAGUGGUUCUGCGGUUACACCAACCCAAAAUAGUCUAUUGAAGCCAGUACGUUAUGGCCCCAAACCGGAUUUGUCAACACUAAUACCACACAAUUAUUUGAAAAAUUAUCCCGAUAUAUUUGAAUCGUACGAUGCAUUACUUACUGAAAUGUCAGUGCGAUUGCCCUAUCAAAUAUUACGUCUGUCGGCUACACACCCGGGCACAUAUGAUUGGUACCACAGCUAUUGUGAAAAUAUGACAUAUACCUUGUGUGAAUACAUGAUGUUGAAUUUGAAUGCUCUGCUGAGACGUCAAGUUCGGAAGUUGUUGAUGUACAUUUGCGGUAAUAAGGAGAAAUUUAGAAUGUUCCGCGACGGUCAUUCAUUGGAUGUUCACUUUAAUUAUGUAAAGGAUUUGUGUAAUCUCUAUAAUACAAAGAAUAUGGUCCUGACAAAUCAAACAAUUCCAAUACUAAGCUAUGAUUCAUUGGUUGAACUCACCGAACAUUUGAGAACAUGCCAAGAAAUUUCACAAAUACGCACCGGCAAUUGGCAAAAAUUCUGUCUAAUCCAUGAAGAUGUUAUACCCGUCCUAAUUGAAAUUGCCUGUUAUCAAUUGGAUGAUGGUGUAUCGCCGAUUAUAUUACAACUAUUGCAAGCUGCACUCUGCAACAAUAUACAAGCUGUAAAGCAACAACAACAAUCAGAAAAUGGCAGCACAUCGUCUAGUGUUGGUAGUUCGAAAAUGCGUGGCGAUCGUGAUAAAUCGGAAGAAAUUGAGAUGACCUUCGAUUCGAAAUUCGAUAGUACACAUUGCUCGACAUUUGUUCAUCAAAUAUUCCGUUUCGUCUCGGACUCUUUGCUUAACAAAUUUGUGAGGAUUUUCUUGUUGGAAACCAAUAUUACAUCGAUUAGAUGGCAGGCCCACUCCUUGGUGUAUGCCAUUUAUGAUUAUGCCAAUGAACGCCAGAAAGAAAAGUUGAUUAACAUCUUGUGGAAUAUGUGGCCUUUGGUACCACAAUUCGGACGUCGCACCGCCCAGUUUGUUGAUAUCUUGGGUUAUUUGACAUUGAGCACAAAAACAAUUACGGAACGUUUACCAGAAUUUACCGAAAAGGCGGUGGAAGUUUUGCGGCAACAAAAUGAUUUGUUAUCCAAACAUCCGAAUGCUUCGAUAUACACAUCAUUGGAACAAAUUUUACAAAUGAAUGGAUACUAUUUGGAAUCAGAACCAUGUUUGGUUUGCAACAAUCCCGAGGUGCCCAUGGCCAACAUUAAACUGCCAUCAAUUAAAUCGGAUUCCAAAUUUACCACCUGUACCAUGAUUGUGAAGUUGGUGCAAUGUCACACCAUAUCAAAGCUCAUUGUGCGUAUUGCCGAUUUGAAACGCACCAAAAUGGUAAGGACCAUAAAUAUAUACUACAACAAUCGCACCGUUCAGGCCGUUGUGGAACUGAAGAAUAAGCCAGCCAUGUGGCAUAAGGCACGGACUGUUACAUUGCAAUCGGGACAGACUGAGGUCAAAGUGGAUUUCCCUCUACCGAUUACUGCUUGUAAUUUGAUGAUUGAAUAUGCUGAUUUCUAUGAAACUGUUACUGGGUCGUCGGAAAAUCUCCAAUGCCCCCGAUGUAGUGCCGCCGUGCCCUCAUACCCCGGUGUCUGUGGCAACUGUGGUGAAAAUGUAUUCCAAUGUCAUAAAUGUCGGGCCAUUAACUACGACGAAAAGGAUCCGUUCUUGUGUCAUUCAUGCGGUUUCUGUAAAUAUGCUAAAUUCGACUUUAGUAUAUAUGGUCGUAUAUGCUGUGCUGUGGAUCCCAUCGAAUCCGCCGAGGAUCGUGCAAAAACUGUACACAUUAUACAUUCAUCAUUGGAACGAGCAGAUCGUAUUUAUCGCCAACUAUUGGCUAAUAAGCAAAUGUUAGAAUUGCUAUUGCAAAAAUAUGCCGAGCAUGGUUCCUCCGACCGGUUGAUGGAUGAAAGUUUGGGUACCAUACACAGCAAUUCGCAGGUGAAUAAGAUUAUACAAUUCUUGGCCCAGAAGUAUUGUGUAGAAUCGCGCUCCUCCUUUGAAGAGCUUUCGAAAAUCGUGCAAAAGGUAAAGGCUUGCCGCAGUGAAUUGGUGGCCUACGAUCGCAGUCAAAUGGACCAGAGCAGUCUGCCGCAUACACCGGAUAAACGUGACAAUUUCAAUAUUAACAAAUGUUACGGAUGUGCCUUGGCCUCCACUGAGCAAUGUUUGACAUUACUCCGAGCCAUGGCCUCCAAUUAUGAAUGUCGAUUGGUACUCUACAGUCAGGGCUUGGUUGAAGAAUUGGCCCAGCAUAAUUUACGUCGUGGCACAGCCCAGAUACAAGACGAAGUACGCAACUUAUUAGUAUUGCUCACCAAGAACAACAAGGAUGCUUGUAUGAAUUUAUUGGAAUUGAUUAGUGAUCGUGUAAAAUCGGCCUUAUUGGGUUCCAUACCCUUAACCAAUAUUGAUUCGGCAAUAUACCAUGAAAUGGAAUUGCUCAGAGUUCUAAUAUCCCAAGAUGAUUUUUGCUGGGAACAAAAACUGAAAAUUGUAUUUGAACUCUUCCUGCACACAUGUCGUUGUCCCCGGGGUCCCGUUUAUUCGGUAAUACAACCAUGUCUACACAUAAUGCUUAAAUUGAUAUCACCGACAAUACCCUCAACUAAGUUGAAUCGCGAUUUAAGCCCCUCCACUCUGUCCUCAAUCAAUUGUGUUGAAGGUCUUAGUGUUGAUUUCCAAAAGUGGUUGCAAAAUGAUCCGCAACAUUCGUUUGAGGCAUGGAAGGCACGUAUGCCUUCUAGUUCAUUGGCCCAACAAUCGAAAAAUUACAAAGCUUUUGUGGCAGCAGCGGCACAAAAUUCCCUACAGGAUGAAAAUAUUCUAGCUGCUGUUCUACAAUCGGUACAGCAUGCCGAACAAAUGAGCCAAAAAGUCACACCGGAAAGACAACUUUCAAAUGAAUCUGCCGCGGCUAUAUCGGGUCAUAAUGCUGCUGGAGCGGGAGCCUCCGAAAAUCGAGAACAACGUCGGAAAACAUUGCGGGAAAAUUAUCUGCGCGAGAAGUACGGGCAACGUUGGCGAUUGCGUCAUCUCAAUCGUGGCCAACCCUAUAAACCUUUGCAAUUGACAGCAACGUGGUUGCAACCGAUCUUGUUUAAUAACAAUUCCCGCUUCAGACGUCCCCUGGUAUGCACAUUGAUUACCGUCUUGAGUAGGACCCAUGAUCGUAAACGAGAAAUACUCAAUUUACUUACUACCUUCCUGAAACAUGUGGGUGAAGCCGGCGAGGCCAGCACAGACUUCCUAUCCCUAUAUCGUUUACUGGCUGUGGAUACACCUUGGCGUGAAUACUUGGCCCUGAAGGGCGUUCUCUUGGAGAUAUCCCAGCUAUUGGCAGAGGAAAUUAAGAAAAUCCAUCGUCUAGAGGAGACCACACUUUCUUCGGACUUAUCGCAAGGAUAUGCUUUGCGACAAUUUGUUGAGUUGUUGGCUCUGUUCCUCGACAGUCCACAAAUUCGUCAGGUAUACAAAACUCGUCUGCUUGGCCCGGUACUCGAGGGUUAUUUGUCUCUGCGUAAAUUGGUGGUACAAAGAACCCGACUAAUCGAUGAUGCCCAAGAGAAACUCCUCGAUAUGUUGGAAGAAAUGACCAGUGGAACCGAGGAAGAGACACGAGCCUUUAUGGAAAUCCUUAUCGACACUGUGGAGAAGACACCCAUGAAAGAUAUAAAAACUCCAGUUUUCAUAUUCGAACGUUUGUAUUCCAUUAUACAUCCUGAAGAAAAUGAUGAAUCCGAAUUCUUCAUGACACUCGAAAAGGACCCACAGCAGGAGGAUUUCUUGCAAGGUCGUAUGUUGGGCAAUCCCUAUCCUUCCACCGAACAAGGCCUGGGACCACUAAUGCGUGACAUUAAAAAUAAAAUAUGUACCGAUUGUGAGCUAAUUGCUCUGCUGGAAGAUGACAAUGGCAUGGAAUUGUUGGUCAACAAUAAAAUCAUUAGCCUCGACUUGCCCGUUAAGGAUGUCUACAAGAAAAUCUGGCUAGCCGAAGGUGGUGAGCGGGAUGCCAUGCGUAUUGUAUAUCGUAUGCGUGGUUUGCUAGGAGAUGCCACCGAAGAAUUUGUUGAAACGCUGAACAAUAAGUCCCAGGAGGAAGUGGAUACGGAACAAUUAUUCCGUCUGGCAAAUGUUUUGGCCGAUUGCAAUGGCUUGAAGGUAAUGUUGGAUCGCAUUGGCAGUCUACAAAAUAUAACCAGAUCGCGUGAAUUGAUACAAGUCCUGCUGAAGCUUUUCCUUAUUUGUGUAAAAGUGCGACGUUGCCAAGAUGUCCUUUGCCAGCCGGAAUUGGGUGCCGUCAAUACUUUGCUCAAAGUUUUGCAAAUGUGUCUACAGUCUGAACCAGAUUCCAUUCAGUCGUCAGUUACCGAACAGCUAUUGGAAAUUAUGGAAACCAUAUUAUCGAAGGCUGCAAGUGAUACCCUGGACUCGUUCCUUCAGUUCUCCUUGACCUUUGGUGGCCCUGAAUAUGUGACAGCCCUUAUUUCGUGUACCGAGUGUUCCAAUGUUCGCAACAACCCAUCCGUACUUAGGCAUUUGAUUCGUGUUCUAGCCGCCUUGGUCUAUGGCAAUGAAGUUAAAAUGGCCCUGCUGUGCAAUUACUUCAAGGAUACCUUGGACUUUGACAAGUUUGAUGGCGAACGUACCGCUGAGGAGGAAUUCAAAUUGGAACUAUUUUGUGUGCUGACCAAUCAAAUUGAACACAACUGUAUUGGUGGUACUCUUAAAGAUUACAUUGUUGGCUUGGGUAUUGUGGAGAAGGCCAUUGAUUAUAUUACCCGUUAUGCGCCUUGCGUUAAACCUACCCUACUGAGAACCGAUUCUGAUGAACUGAAAGAGUUUAUUUCCCGACCAAGCCUUAAGUAUAUUUUACGAUUCCUCACCGGUUUGGCAACCAAACAUGAAGCUACCCAGGUGGCGAUCAGCAAAGAUAUUAUUCCCAUUAUACAUCGUUUGGAACAGGUGUCGAGUGAUGAACAUGUUGGCAGUUUGGCUGAAAACCUCUUGGAGGCUUUGUGCACUGAUGCGGCCACAGCAUCUAGGGUGCAAGAGGUCAGAGACUUUACCCGAGCUGAAAAGAAACGUCUAGCCAUGGCCACAAGAGAAAAACAAUUGGAUGCCUUGGGUAUGCGUACCAACGAAAAAGGUCAAGUCACGGCCAAGGGUUCCAUUUUGCAGAAAAUUGAAAAAUUACGCGAUGAGACAGGUCUUACCUGCUUUAUCUGCCGCGAGGGAUAUGCCUGCCAACCUACGAAAGUCUUGGGUAUUUAUACCUUCACCAAACGUUGCAAUGUCGAGGAAUUUGAAAUUAAAUCCCGCAAAACAAUCGGCUAUACCACAGUUACCCAUUUCAAUGUGGUCCACGUUGACUGUCAUACAUCAGCCAUACGUUUGGCAAGGGGUCGUGAUGAAUGGGAACGGGCUAGUUUGCAAAAUGCUAAUACCCGCUGCAAUGGUCUACUGCCUCUUUGGGGACCUGAAGUUUCCGAAGCAGCCUUUUCAGCCUGCAUGACCCGCCAUGCCAGCUACAUGCAAGAGAGCACCCAACGUUGCGAUAUCUCCUACAACAAUAGUAUCCAUGAUUUGAAACUCUUGCUAAUGCGCUUUGCCUGGGAACGUAGCUUCCAUGAAGAUGCCGGUGGUGGUGGUCCCCAGUCCAAUAUGCACUUUGUUCCCUAUUUGCUGUUCUAUGCCGUUUAUCUACUGCUCUCAUCGCGUUCAGCAGCAAGGGAUAGUAAGACAUUGGUGGCCUAUCUGACAGCAGCGCCCUCAGAGAAAUGGCUUGAAAGUGCAUAUGAUGUUGAGGGUCCGCUCUACAUGCUGACUGUCUCGCUGGCUCUGCACUCUCACGAGACUUGGCAAAAACAUCGUAUUGCCCACUUGAAACGUUUGAUUGCCGUUGCCCAAGCCCGCCAUGUAUCACCGUCGGUAUUGUGUAAGGCAUUAUUGUCACCAGCCGAUAGACAAGAAAAGGAGUACUCGGUUUACAAACCCUACCUGAUGAUUUGGGCUCUAUUGGAUCUGCUCUAUAGUACGCUAUUCAAAACUGUAUCAACACCCAAGGAAGACGACUGGUCGAUCUCUCUGUUCAAUUAUAUUCGUAAAAACGAUGAAACUAUGUUGAAGCACACUGAUUCGAUAUUGGAAACAUUUACCGAUGAUUUCCUGCCUUGUACAUCGUUUGAAGAGUUUUGUGAUGUGGCUGGUCUCUUUGGUGAUAUUGAAAAUCCCCAAGCGUUUAUUGAGGAUGUAUUGUCCACAUUGCCCACAACAGUAUCCUCUGCCGCAGCAGCUUCUUCUUCAUCGUCAAGUGGUUGA